AUGGAAUGUCCUAUUUGCCAUGAAAGUGAAGAAUCGAUUGUGCAUUGCUUGGUCGAAUGUCCAGCUGCUCAAAUUUGCUGGAAUAAGGUUGGAAUUGGCACUGGGGUGCCCACGGCUGCUGGUUUUUCCAGCUGGUUUGAGGCUUGUUUUAAGCAGCUCAAUGAUAAUAGGCAAGAUCUUCUUGCUGCCAAUUGUUGGGCAAUUUGGGGGGCCCGCAAUGACAAGGUUUGGAAUCAAAAAAAUGUUGUUGCAUCGAAGGUUGUAUCAUCUGCGAUAAGUUAUCUUGAACAGUGGAAGAUUGCUCAAGUUUUUGGUUUAGAAACUACAUUAUCUGGUCUAUCCAAAGAUGAUGGGGCAGAGCAAUGGAGGUUACCACCGUUAAAUAGUGUCAAGAUCAACGUAGAUGAAGCUAUCUUUUGCAUAUCUAAACGGAUUCGGCCUUGGCUUGGUUGCGAGAGAUGA